GGAAACUUUGCUGCUAAAAAUGUGCACUUUUAUAUUUUUACAGUGAAAAUUCUCAGAUGUCCCUUUGAUUUCAUCGAAAUGCUUCUUCAGUCAUUAAAUGUAUAACUCCUUUUAUCAACUGGAACUAUGACAAUGGCAUACAGUUAGUAAACUUUCCAGUGGAAAUAUCAAUUCAGAUACUUCAACAUGGCAACACAGGAAGCCAUACACAAGCGCAAUUUGGAGAGCUCCAUCCUUUUCAUGCAACAAGAGCAUGCAGCUACUCUUAAAGCCUUGCAUGAAGAAAUCCAAAAACUGCAGAAAAAAUGUACAGAGUUAACAUUCGAGCUGAACAUGGCUGGACUUGAUGUCAAUGAUGGAGUUCCACCAGAAGUAGCGGAACACAUGAAGCAUCAGGAGAAAAUGAUUGAUGCUCAGCGAGAGACACAGCAUGAACUGGAAGUAGAGUUGGAGAAGAAAGACAAGCUAAUCAAGGAAAAUGAAUACACCUAUAAACGACAGAAAAUGAAAUAUAUUGAAGAUAUAAGCGCCAAAAAUAAUGAACUUGAGCAAUUGCGUGCUGAAUUAGAUGCAACAGCAAAUAGUACUGCAUAUUAUCAAAAUGAACUGUUAAAAAUAAAGAAGGCCAAAUUUCAAAAUGUGCACAAUGACACUGAAACAAAAGGUGCUGCCCAUGCACCAGCCCCUCCAAAAGAGAGCAGAUCAAACCCAACCCGUGCUUUCCAUAUCCGUCGGACUUUGGUUGACCCCUCAAAUAAUGCUGAAAUACAAGGACCUGGCAGUGGUGGGGCCAGGCAAGGCUCAGGCAGCACAAGUCGAUCGGACUCGCCAGCCGAACUGGCCAGGCCUUUCCUGCGGGGAGAGGAAGCAGAACAAAGCGUUAUACAGAUCAAACAAAGCAACCCCUUGCCACCGAUCAGAACAUCAUCCGGUCGUGUUGUUUUCAGGGAGCCGGUGGAUGUUGUUCAGGUCAGUGUUCACAAUGUGCCCAAGCCCCUGUCCCGCAGUAAGAAGGCCAUCUCCUCUGUCCAGGAAGUGGAGACCCUAGCAGUGGGCCAGGUCUCCCACAGCAACCCGUCAUGGAAACACUCCCGCAGGAAGGAAUCUCACAGCUCAGAGUAUAGAUAGUCGUAAAUACACUAUGGUCGCAUGUUGGAUGUUAUGUGAAAUAUAGACUGAAUUAAUGAACAUAUUUAGAGAUGCUUUAUGUUAAAGAUAUUUUUGUUUUAUUUUGUUUGAGAUUUAUUAAAGUAUUUAAAUAGGUAAUCUAUGUUCAUUUUUAUUUUACAUGGAUUUCAUUUACUUUUAUUAAACAUUUUAAGAUGGUAUAUUUAUUUUCCCACCAAGUUUCUAUUGUUGCUGACUUUUUUUAACUUCAUAGCAUCUAGGAAUGUCAAAAGAUAAAAGUAAGAUGCAAGCUUAAAUGGACUUGUUUGCAAAAUUAAGCAGUAAGCAGAUACAUGUAUGUUUUCAUUUCUCAUCCUAAUCAGUGUUAUUUUGUUUGUUUUACUCUUCUUUGUGUGGGGUUUACAUGUACAUUUAUGAUACAUGUACUUUGUCAUUAGUACCUGUGAUAUUGUUCCUAAACAGCUGUGAAUUUGUGAUAUUUCUUUGCCUUUACUUUGUAUUGUGAAGGUCUAUCAACUUUGAUUGUUAAAUCUAUUCCUGUUACCAUUUCAUUUGAAGCACUUUUUAUUUUUAUUUCAUUAAAUCAUGUUUUAAAUAAGAGAGAAUAAGAGUGAUGAAUUGACUGAAAUUGUCUGUACCUGUUAUGUACAUGUUCACAUAUCUGAGUGUUGUAUUACGGUUCAUAUGAUACCUGGAAGGCUAUGCACACAUAUAUCUGAGUGUAUCAUGGUCUAUGUGCUUGACUGCUUGUAGAGUUACAGUUUACAUGUUGUCUUUUUAUAAUUACUGUAUACUGUAUAUUAUAUGUGUAUGCAGUCUGCUGAACAUAGACACCCCAGAAUAUCACACACCAUCCACAUUUGCAAACACUGGUGCCAUUUGCAUAGAGAUGUAUUUACGUGGAAUACAAACAUACCCAAUUACUGGUAAAUUAUUUGUUUACAUUUUCCAUGGUUUCACUUUUUCAUUAUAAUGUUAUUUUAAAAUGACGUAUAAACUGACCUUUGUUUACAAAAGUUUAAUUUUGUUUGUCUAUGAAACAUUUUAGGAUGUAAGGCUUAAUAUUGGACAAGGGUAUUUGCAACAUACACAGUUUAAAGUUUGUUAAACUCUCGUGCACCUGUUACAAGCUUGUGAUUGUGUGUAAUAGGUGAAGACUAACUAGUCAUUGUCCAUGAAUUCUAUUGUUUUAAAAUGCUGAUGGCAUUAAACUGCAUUACUAUAGUAUAUUUUGCAAAAUUUCUAAUAAGCGAUUUCUUCGUACAAAAUGUAAUAAUUAUGUUAAUCUCUGAAAACUAACCAUUAGAACAUUGAUUGAAUGGUGCAGAUUUUGUUUUGAAUUAUAUUACGUUUAUAUAGUAUACUUGUGGUUUAUGCCUCUGACUUUUAGAUGUUUUGUUAUGGUUUCCAGUUUAGAAUACAUGUAAACUUCAUGUUAUGAAGACAUGUACAUGCUGUACUUACAAAGAAUGUGGUUGCCUUUUAUGAUCUCAUAACUUGUAAUUGUCCUUCAAGGCAUUGUUAGUCUCAUCGUUCAACACCUUGAUAUUGUUAAGACACAUUCAAAUGACCAUGUGGAAAUGACUGUUUUGUUAAAAUUUCACAGACUGUGAUGCGUUUAUGUUGUAAAAAUGCACAAAUAA